AUGAGUGUCCCCAGCAUACCGGUAUUCAGCCUCCUCCUCCUGCUCCAGCUCCCGGCAGCCAGCCGCGGGCAUGCAGCACCGUCCCUCCACCGCCGCGGCGACUUCUUCGGCGCCCUCGCGCUGCGCGCCGCCGUGUGCCCGCCAGAGCACUCAUCCUGCGGCUCAGCCUUCAUGCAAUGGUGCUGUCCGUACAUAACCGUGUGCAGCGUCAGCGGCACGGGGGUGUACUGCUGUCCUACUGAGGAGGACUGUUCCCAGCUCGCCACGACGGCGCCGAUGUGUACCGACCCGGGUUUUGGGCUGUUUUCCUCGGAGAUCGGCAUGUUUUGCUGUGAGAGCGGGGGGGUCGGAUACCUGCCCGGUGGAUCGCAGGGUAAAGUGGGCAGUGAGGCGUGUGGGCUCCCGCCGGUUGAUGAAGGCAUGCUCGCUACGGCGAUCGCAAUGAGUGCCACUGCCUUUCCGCCGCCGGAGAAGAUGUCCGUGGGCGUUGCCAGCACCACCAGCACCGCCAACACGCCUAAACCUUCCCUUCAGAGCGGCACGGUGGCUACGAUUACAAAGGACGGCGUUGUGAGCGUCAUCACCAGCACACCCAGCACCAGCACCAGCACCAACACACCCAGCGGCAGCACACCUAGUAGUAGUACUACCAGCAACCUACCACUCGCCGCCAAAAUCGGCAUCGCCGUCGGCACAGUCGUGAUCCUGGCGUUGUUGGGAGUCGUCGGGUGGAUGGCGGCGAAGCUGCGGUACCGGAACAGGAGCCGAAUUCAAAAAGCUAAGGAUAUGCCGUAUCCGUACCCGGACGGUGUGAUCGAGACGGAUGGGACGGCGGUGGUGGUGGUUUGCGCGGAGAAGGAGGCGGUUGUAGUGGAUGUGGUGGAUGUGGUGGAUGUGGUGGAUGUGGUGGAUGUGUGUGAGAUCGGUGGGGGUGAUAGAGGUGUGCCGGGUGAGCUGGUGGGAAGUGAGGUGCAGAGAUGA